AUGUUAGCGCAAGAUCCUCUUGAAGAAAUUGAUCACGGAAAUAGGAGCACAAAAAGAAUCACCUACAUCAGCAGUAAACUGGACCCCAAGUUGAAAGUAAGAGUAAUUGAAUUGCUAAGAGAAAACAAAGAUUGCUUUGCUUGGGACUAUGACGAGAUGCCUGCAACUCCUAAAGAUGAGUAUCCAAUGCCUGUGGCAGAGAUUCUGGUUGACUCAGCUGCAGGCUAUGAAUAUCUCAGCAUGCUUGAUGGAUAUUCUGGCUAUAACCAGAUUUUCAUUGCAGAAGAGGAUGUUUCUAAAACAACCUUUCGAUGUCUAGGGGCAAUAGGCACUUAUGAGUGGAUAGUUAUGCCCUUUGGUCUAAAAAACGAUGGGGCAACAUACCAACGAGCAAUGAAUUCUAUAUUCCAUGAUUAUAUAGAGACAUUUAUGCAAGUGUACAUAGAUGAUGUUGUGGCUGGAGAUUUUCUGGGCUUUGUGGUCCAUAAAACGGGGAUAGAAAUCAAUCAGAAUAAGACGAAGGCUAUUAUGGAGACCAAAACACCAUCAACCAAGAAAGAAUUGCAAUCAUUAUUUGGAAAGAUAAACUUCCUAAGAAGAUUCAUCUCAAACUUAAGUGGUCGAACUCAAGCCUUCUCGCCCCUCAUACGCCUGAAACAAGGGAAAUUCGAAUGGAAUGACGAACAUCAAAAGGCAUUCGACAAGAUCAAACAUUAUCUGACGAAUCCUCCUAUCUUGGCACCACCAUGUGGAAAUAAGCCGAUGAGACCCGGACAAAUAGUAUCAGACUUUAUUGUAGACCAUGCAGUGGUUGAAAUUCCUCAACUUCAAGUUGAGUUGAAACCUUGGAGAUUAUUCUUUGACGGUUCCACUCAUAAGGAUGGAAGUGGAGUUGGGAUCAUGUUACUCAAAAAAUUCGAAUAUAUUGACAUAAAGCAUGUCCCUAGAAUAAAAAACCAAGAAGCUAAUGACUUAGCACAAAUAGCUUCAGGGUAUAGAAUUUCAAAAGGGAAGCUAGAAGAACUUGUCGAAGUAAGAGGAAAGGCAAUGGCUGCCAGAUUGUCUCUGACAGAUUUGGAAAGCACUCAGUUAGGAUAUGCUAGCAAAGAGGAGUUUGAAGUACUGGCAAUUGAUACCUUAAUAGAUACAGAUUUGAGGAAUCCAAUUAUUAUUUAUCUUAAGGACCCUUCGGCAGAUACAGAAAGAAAAACCAAGUACAGGGAUUUAUCUUAUGUUUUGAUGGGGAAUGAAUUAUUCAAGAAAACCCCUGAAGGGAUCCUGUUGAAAUGUUUAGGAGAAAACGAAGCUUACUUGGCAUUAUCUAGUGUACAUAGUGGAGCCUGUGGAGCACACCAGGUAGGCUAUAAGAUGAAAUGGUUGCUUUUCAGAUAUGGAAUGUAUUGGCCCACCAUGUUAAAAGAUUGUAUAGAGUUUGCUAAGGGUUGCCAAGAAUGUCAAAUACAUGCAGGAAUUCAACAUGCUCCUCUUACAUUUGGAUAUGAUGCAGUAUUACUUGUCGAAAUCUACUUGCAAUCAGUGAGAAUCCAAAGACAAGGAGAAAUUCCAUCUGACUUAUACUGGGAAAUGAUGAUAAAUGAGCUGGUGGAUUUGGACGAAGAAAGGUUGCAUGCGUUAGAAGUAUUAAGAAUACAGAAGGAGAGGGUAGCAAGGGCAUAUAAUAAGAGGGUCAAAGGUAAAACCUUCACUAUGAAUGAUUUAGUUUGGAAAGUUAUAUUACCUAUGGACCGAAAGAAUAAAGCAUUAGGAAAAUGGUCUCCACAUUGGGAAGGACCUUUUCGAAUUAUAAAAGCCUUUUCAAAUAAUGCAUACGAAAUAGAAGAACUAACAGAGGAUCGAAAAAUCCUAAAAGUAAAUGGGAAAUACUUAAAGAAGUAUAAACCAUUUAUGCAUGAAGUUAAAAUCAUAACAACAUAG